UGCCGCUCAGGGUGACCAGAUUGAUUUCAACUCAAGUCAAUUUUACUCUUAGAAAUCUCUCUUUAUUGCUGGUUAAGAGAAAUUCACAGCACUUCAUGAUCAACCCAAAACCCUUUGCUAGAUAGAUCAGCUAAGUAUAGCUUCUCUUACUUUGGGAGAGUUUUGACACUGAGGUAUUUCAGGACCCCGUUGGCUCAACAGAUACAUUUAGCGUCUGAGUCUUCAAACGGGCGAACUCUUAAAACUGUCCAACAAAAUAAUGAACUCAUUUGUUUUUGAUCCGCCGUAUGGAAGGCAGAACCACGCGAGGUUGGUUUUGCUGCCGAAUGAUCUCAAUCGACAGAGCAUCAAUGUCUGGAAAAAUAGUUGACGAUCGAAUUGCGAGAGACGAUUUGUAUUGCAACCAAAACUCUUCGAAACCUUUUGGCAUCAUUUGUCGUACAGGAGUGAUCUCUGACGAUGAUUCAUAAUGGAUUUUCCUGUUUUCCCGCUUAAGAUUGUUAGUAGGUGAUCUGACGCGCUGACGUCUUUUGUUUCGAGCGUGAAUGGCUGGCAGUCUGAUUCUUUCUAAUUUCUUCUUCGUAUCAUGAGAGCCAUCAAAAUGACGACGAAGCUGUUUUAAAGAUAAUCCCUUUUGGCUGCAAUUUCCAUCGUUUCUUGUUUGUCUUUCCACGUUGACUUUUGUACCUUUUAUUAACUUUGAACACGAGCUAUUAGGAUCUUGUGCUUUUGCCAUGUUAAUACAAAAGUACGAAUAAACAGCAAGACAAGCUCGGAGUACUGAUUACAAUGUCUACCACAAAUUCCACUUUGAAAUGUCCUCGAAUUUCAUGUUGGCCGGGAGAUGUAUACACAUAACUGCUCCUAGAUCUCUUUGUUGAUCAGAAAUGAUAUGAUCAGAGUCUCGAUAUUUGAUUUUCACUCAAACGCUACAUUCUCCGGUCUUCUCAGACGGUGCAGUACAAAACAAGUCUUCCAGUCAACGAGUCGCACUUAGCUUAUGUUACCCCCGCUGACCUGCAUGCUUUAUAAAUAGCUAACAUGCCUUGUUCUUGCCGCGUACAACUUUAAACAAGUCUGACCUUUCUCUCACGAAGGAAGUGUCACAAUAACGCCUUUGGAUUGGAUUCGGCGAGAAUACCCUACAGAAAAGCCGCCAUGUUCGUGUUGCAGGCAAACGCGAAGCGAGUGCCGAACGUCCUUUCACCUGCUACUGAAAUGAAAGAAACAUCCCAGCCGUUCGGUAGAUUAGGGUAAAGACAGAAUGGUUUGCUCUUUACAAAUAGCGUAACCUUUCUAGAGAAUUACUGAUUAAAAAGAGGCAAUAAAGCAAAAAGCUGGACCUUAGGUCUUCGAUUUCCAUGAUUGAGUAUUUAAAAAUGGUGUAGCUCUUGCCCUCGUGUGCUUUUUAUAAAAACUAAAAAUUGACCUUGAGCAGAAAGGGUUUUCAUCUCCGUUAUCGUCUUUUUCUUUCCUUCUCAAUUUUCGCUCGGCGUAUUCAAUUCUCCUUUGUGACUACACUGUGGUGUUGACAAUGGCACAUUGUCCUCUCCGACAAAGCAUUUUAAUCCAGCUCCUGUCAAGCGUGACCUCUUCGGCAAUGGUCAGUCAUGUUAGAUUGAUCGUAAAUAAUCGCCUUAGGCCUAAGUAGUGCAUUGUAAUUAGUCGGUAACUUAGGAGAAGUAUUCUUGCGGGUUAGUAAACAAGAAAAGCGAGGAAAUAAGGAAAAGCGCGAUGUGGUCAUCUUUCACUCGAAGUAUCCCUAAUUUAAUCACCCUCCUGUGUAAGAGGGGCUGAAACAACGCUUUUAAAAUGCGAGGCGAUUUAUCAAGUUAACCAAUUCAAUUAUAAUCUGAAUAAUGAUGGCAAACAACCAAGUGGUAAUAUCAAAAGCGAGUUGACAACAUGCCUCACAGGCAAUACUUUCAACGUUCAACACUUCCAAAGCUUGUCGAUGAUCAUCUUUCCUCUGGAAAAGGCAAAGAAUGGAUGCCAACGUCGUCGCAAGUCAACGCAAGAGAAAAACUCCGCUUCCAAACGUACUCUGAUAAAAUUUCAGGCGGUAUUCAAUAUUGGCACAAACACAAACUUAAGCCAAGCGAGACACGAACAAGAGACACCAUUAAGGAGACGAAGAAAGUAAAUAAUCUUUCACAUCAGCCGAAAUGCACUGCUUGUGGUGGUUUGCUCUCUCAUCGAAUGAGCCUGAAAAGUAUACACUCGAAAUUUACUGAACGUCAUUCGAAGUGCGCGUUCGGACGUGAAUAUUGUGAUGUAAUUGGUCCAUGUGCGGAAUGCUGUUUGACGGAGCAACGUAAUGCUAUUGUCAAGAAACAGUCUGUGGAGUUUCCGGGAUUGGAGGUUACACCAAGAAGACUUGUGGCACCAAACCUGGUCCAAGUUAUGAUGCAGCACAGUCAGAUUGAGCUCGGUUAUAAUGCAUCUGAACUUUCUCAAAGUCACCAGGGUAGGAGCGUCCUCGAACUGCCACUCAUUCCUGUCGACACGCUGAGGUAUAUGAGGAGGGAAGCUGGGAGUAGCAAGCAUAAGCGAAAUACUUUCAUAACAGAUCAGGAACCAACUUUUAAGAAGUACAUAGAGAUUCGCCUACCAAAAAUCUGACACAAUAAGUUUUACUCGGAAUUAGCUUAGAGACACAGGAACCUGCAAGGGUGAUACUGAAAAACAAAAGUUCGCCUAAAGUUAACUUGAACUCAAGUGCUAAUCCUAUUCACCGAGUUAAAUAUGCAUAAUACAGUGUCUCUCUUUUGGCUGAUGGACUGAUUUGAAUGACUAACGUGUGUGAAUAAAUCAUUCGCCCAAGUAAUUUACUGUUGGGUUUUGCAGCUUCUGUAUAUAAACAUAACGCUGAUAAAAUUUUGUUUUUUGCUUUUUCUUUCUUC